AUGGUACUCUUUUUGAAAGAUUUGAACUAUAUGUAUUUAACUGAGAAUAUAAACUUGAAAGUUUCAGAUAUCUUGUCAAAUGGUGUGUGGUCUUAUAAUAAUGAACUUCAUCAGAUUUUUCAUAAUUUUAAAAUGCCUGAAGUCCUUGGAGGUGAGGAUAUUCUAUUAUGGACAAGAAACUUAAUAGGAGAAUUCUCAACCUCAGAGGCAGUAAACAAGUUAAGGAAUAGGGAACAAUCAGUUAACUGGUCAAAGUACUUAUGGACACAUUUUCUUCAUCACUUUGUAGCUAGAAAUGUGUGGAAGCUUAUACAAGGGAUAUACACUGAUGAUAAAAGUAUGGUAAAGAAUAGAUAUGAAAUUGUUUCAAGAUGCCGCAUUUGUGAAACUGAACAAGAUAGUAUGAAUCACUUGCUCUGGGAGUGUAAUUUCAGUAUUGAUAUUUGGAGAUGGAUAUGUUUUAUAUUUCAGUUCAAAUUACCAAAAUCUUUUGAAGACAUAUGGAAAUGUGCCUCAAAUUGUAGUCCACUGGUUAAACAGGUUUGGAUUACUACAGUCUGUAUUAUUCUAAAAGAACUGUGGUUUCAGAAGAACAAAAUAUUUUUUGAAGACAUUAAGCCAAAUAUGCAAGGUUUCAAGUGCAGAAUUAUGAAAUUCGUGAAUGAGGGUGGAUUGAGAAUUACUGGUACCAAGUGGAAUCAAAACUAUGACCAUGAGAUGAUUGAAAAGUUUCAGUUGGGUUUUAGACAUUCCGGGUUCCGGUAUAUUAAAAAAUAUCAUUGGUUACUACCUGAACAAGACAUUGUAAUGUUUUGUUGUGAUGUCUCAUCAUUUGGAAAUACUGGGUCUCAGGAUGUGGUGUUGUUGUCACUUGUCAGAGAUUCAGCUUGUCAGGUGUUAGGUACCCUCUCUGGAAGUAUUGGUGUUGCUUCAAAUUAUCUAGCUGAAUCUUAUGGUAUUAUGUGUGCAUUGGAGCUGGAAAUUCAAUGGAGUAUGCAUAAGAUAAUUAUUAUGUCAGAUUCAAAAUAUGUUCUUGCAGAAUUUUCUCAGGAGAGAGUUCCAUGGUUUCUAAAAGGUAGAUGGCAUAUGGCUACAAGAAAGCUCAAUCAAAUAGAGUAUCAACGUUGUUACAGGGAGGUUAAUUUUCCUGCAGAUUGUAUGGCAAAGAAGGGAGCAUUAUUAGCUGCAGGUGAAAGAAAAAUCCAUAUUGGAAGACCUCAAUGUUUACCAAGAGUUGAAAUGGAAAAUGUUGAAUACUUUAGAUUUGGUUGA